ACGACACGACGGUGACUCUGUGCGUCCGUACAGGAGCCAUCAUCAUCAUCAUCAUCACCAUCAUCACCAUCAUGUUUACCUGAACGAGGAUAACGGGUCUGACAAAUGGCCUGGAAAUAAACACAAAUAACACCUGCUGCUCUCGCUCGUGAACGGAACAGGAUCUGCUCGCCGUUUCCUAAAUGCUCUGUGUCUCGUGAGGAGCCAGGAAAACCGCUCCAAAUGUCAACUUGUGCAGUGACAAACUUCAACAAUGGCUUGGAGGCCAGUUCAGACUCUGACGAUGAGGACAAGCUACACAUUGUGGAGGAGGACAGCCUGCAGGAGCCUGAGGUCGCUGACGCUGAUGGGACCACGCCGCAGGACAGCCACGACGCCGCCACGACAGUAUUACCCCACAACGGCUCCUGGAACGGAGUGAAGGAGGAGUGUGUGUCAGAUGAGGAAGAUGAGGCCGUGAAGGAUGCUCUAGUGGAAGAGAUUCUCCAGCAGGGAGACACAGCCAUCAUCUAUCCUGAAGCCCCAGAGGACGAGCAGAGUCCAGUGGAGACAGGAGGCGCUGAUGAGAACGGCACACCGGAUUCCUUCUCCCAGUUGCACACUUGCCCCUACUGCUCCCGGGGCUACAAACGCAACGCCUCACUGAAGGAGCACAUCAAGUAUCGCCACGAGACCAGCGAGGACAACUACAGCUGCUCACACUGCAGCUAUACCUUCACCUACCGCUCGCAGCUUGAGAGGCACAUGAGCCACCACAGGGGCACCAGGGAGCAGGUUCACGUUUCCCAGUCGACAGGAGGAUCAGGAGGAACAGGUGGUACGCGCAAGUUCAAGUGCACGGAGUGUUCCAAGGCCUUCAAAUACAAGCACCACCUGAAGGAGCACCUGCGCAUUCACAGUGGUGAGAAACCAUACGAAUGCUCAAACUGCAAGAAGCGAUUCUCCCACUCAGGCUCCUACAGCUCCCACAUCAGUAGUAAGAAGUGUGUGGGUGCAGCACCCCCCAACGGCGUCGCUCGGACGCCAAUCAAGUCCCCCCCUCCCACCACCCAGACUGCACCUGUUGUAAUUGCCCCGGCCCGCAUGAUUCUGAAAGAGAAGACUGAAAGUAAACCCCUCCAGGAGCAGCUCCCCGUCACCCAGAUCAAAUCUGAACCUGUGGAAUAUGAGUGCAAGCCUGUGAUGGCAGCACCAGCAACUUCAGCUGGUACCAAUGGAGUGGUGAACGGAGGGACUGCUCAGCCAGCUGUGGCUCCAGCUGCAACCCUGCCUCAGGGUGUGGCUAUGGUCGUGCCCACAAUGGGCCUGAUGUCGCCCAUCAGCAUCAAUCUGAAUGACUUGCAGAACGUGCUCAAGGUUGCAAUGGACGGAAAUGUGCUCAGGCAGGUGCUGGGCACAGCCAACGGGGUGGUGACGCAGGGGAAGCAGGGAAUUGUAGUCCAGCAGCCACAGCAGCAGAUCAUCAGCCUGCCGGCCUUCGUGGACCACGACGGCACCACGAAGAUCAUCAUCAACUACAGCAUCAGCCCUGCUGCCGCCACCACUGCCACUACCCAGCCUACAUCGCUUGUUGUCAAAAACAACCUUCCUGCCCCUCCCGCUGUGACCAGCACUGCUGCAGCCCCUACCCCCAGUAAAACAGAUAAAGCCCCAAACCCAGAGGUGGCCGACCUCAGUAUCGUCAAGGCAGAGCCAGAAUCAGUGCCCGUCACUGACGUGGAGACGGAGGCAGUGGCGGCCACACAGAUAGCAAAGGAAACGGUUAAAACUUCAGACACAGCUCAGAUGCCAAAAGCCAACACCACCAGUACAUGUUUACUAUGUGAAGACUGUCCCGACAACCUUGAGGCGUUGCACCUCCUCCAGCAUCGUAAAGCAGCCAACGGGGAGGCGGUUGACUCUGCCGCCCUGGACCCCUCAUUCGCUGCUUUGCUAAGCGAGGCAGGAGUGACACUGGAGGAGCCGCCUGUGGACGACCUCCUCUCACUCCUCAAGACCUACUUCGCCUCAAAUGCCAACCCCAGCGAAGAAGAGCUGUCAAAGAUCUCAGAGUCUGUUAGUAUUCCAAUGGAAGUGGUCAGAAAGUGGUUUGCCAAGAUGAACUCUGGGAAAAAUUUGGGCAAAAACCGCAGUGACACGACAUCCAAAAAGACUGAAACUAGUAAUUCCAGCUCAGAGGACACAUUGAAUCAGAAUGGAGAGGAAGAAGAAGACGACGACAACCAGGAAACAUUCAACAGAGACUCUUCAGAAUCUGGAAGCGCGUCUCCGUCAGACUCCACAUCACUAGGCGUCAACACCGGGGACCUUGUCAUUGUUAAAAGCGAGCCAGAGGACCCCGAGGCCCCAGACUCCCAGGCAGAGCCCCUGGACCUGUCCCUCCCUAAACAUAUCGCAGCAGCAUCGAAAACCAAAACAACCACGCCUCCCGCCAAGCAGCAGGAGCAGCCUCUGAACCUGACCUGCCUGAGAAAGGAGCAGCUCGAUGGUCAAACCAUAUACGUCACCACGCCUCAAACCGGAAGACCUGUCAACAUCGUCACUGCCGCACAGCUGCCAACGUUAGUGGCCAUUGCCGGUCAGGGCACGGUGGGCUGUCUCAGAGCCAUCAACACCACGACGAAGAGAACCAUCCUCAUCCCCCAGCUCACCUACACCUACGCCACCACGGCCGGUAAUGCCUCCGGAGCGAAGACUGUCGUACUCAACGGCCAUAAGGAGAAACGUUCGGACAGCAGUUCAGACGCCGUGUCCACAGUGGAGGAGCAGAACGACUCUGAUCCAGCCGGGCUGAUGAAAAAGCGGCGGCUGGAAAACGGUGUCUACCCCUGUGAUCUUUGCUCCAAGGUCUUCCAGAAGGGCAGCUCCCUGCUCAGGCACAAAUACGAACACACAGGAAAACGGCCUCACGAGUGCAACGUCUGCAAGAAGGCCUUCAAACACAAACAUCACCUGAUCGAACACUCGAGGCUGCACUCUGGUGAGAAACCAUACCAGUGUGACAAGUGCGGGAAGCGUUUCUCUCACUCCGGCUCGUACUCCCAGCACAUGAACCAUCGCUACUCCUACUGCAAGAAGGACGGGCCAAACUCAGGCUCCGGGUCAGGGCCGCGCAGGGUUCAGUUGGAGCUCGGCGCUGGGCCCCAAUCGGACAGCCGCACCACAACCCCGCCCUCCCAACUGGACUCAGACGAGAGGGAGAGCGAGGAAGAGGACGACGAAGACGACGAGGCCAUGUGUAUGGACGACAUUCGGGUCGUGCAGGUGGACGACGGCGAGUGCGAGAUCUACGAGGGUAACUUUGAUGACGAUGAGGAGGACGGAGAGGAGAUGGUGGAGGAAGAGGUAACAGAAGAGGCAAUGAGAGAAAAGGUGGAGAAGGAGUUUGCGUGUGAUGUGGUGGAGAUCGAGCUGGGGGACGAUCACAUGGGGGACGAAGUGAUGGAGGAAAGAACCGAAGACAAGCGAGAAGCAGCAGGUGAGGAGAUGGCAGCAGUCGUGGAGACGGAGGAAAUGGCAGCAGGUGUGGAGACGGAGGAAAUGGCGGCAGUCGUGGAGACGGAGGAAAUGGCGGCAGUCGUGGAGACGGAGGAAAUGGCGGCAGUCGUGGAGACGGAGGAAAUGGCGGCAGUCGUAGAGACGGAGGAAAUGGCGGCAGUCGUAGAGACGGAGGAAACGGCAGCAGUCGUAGACACGGAGGAAACGGCAGCAGUCGUGGGGACGGAGGAAACGGCAGCAGUCGUAGACACGGAGGAAACGGCAGCAGUCGUGGGGACGGAGGAAACGGCAGCAGUCGUAGACACGGAGGAAAUGGCGGACUCUGAAGCAAAUACGGACAAAAGCAUUAGGGAAGAGUCAGACAGCAGCGAACCCACAGAGGAAGUGGAGACAAAUGCCAAGUAAAAGAAGGAGAAUCCCUUCGGGACAGUUCGAAUGUGAAGGUCGUCAAAGUCGAGUUUAUUGAGACAAAACCGCAUCUCGCCAUCAGAAGAAAGUCACGGCAGUUGCCUGAUUUUAACGGUCCACUACUGUGUACAAAAACCCAGGUGUGCCUGAACUUGAAAAAAGAAAAAAAAAAACAAAACAGUGACUUUUUUUUCUUGUGAAAAUUAAAUAUCAGUGUUAAAAUUGUUUAUAGAAGUACAGAUUUUAAAGCAAAACUCACCCAUCAACUUGUUAGACUUGUUACUGAGACAUCCCAGGUUGUUUUUGUUCUGUGUUUAUUUGGUCAAUGUUACUAAUCUUGUUCUUGUUUGAAACAUUUUAACCUGUAAAGAUGAGAAAGAUUUCUAUACCUUUUUAUUGCCAAUGAAGUUUCCUAAAUCAGUAUUUUAUUGAGUUCUACGAACAAAAACCUCUGCACUACAGUAUUCCUGGUUUACCUAUGGAAACAUGCCUCAUGCAUUGUAUGCCCUUCAGUGUUAUAUAUGUACACUAGCUAGCGAGAUGUUGUUCGUGUUAGUGUUAGUCUUUGCUAGCUAGCAUUACUUUCAGUUUGACUGUUAGCCUUAAGGAAAACAAAGUAUUCUUGGGGAGGGUUGUGGGCGGGAUGGGGAGUCCGGGAUGAGAAUGUGGCUUCUGUACGCCAUAACCAAAUUUGUCCUAUCAGGGAAGGUAGAGUCACAACCUCAAAGCCAGCAUCAGGCACCUGAGUUUUGCAACCCUGCGCAGCCCAAAAAGGUGGAGUCUCCAGGUGAAGAUUCGAAAGCAGACUCCACCCGCCCGGCUUCAGCUGUGGUUCCAAAACACACGCGCCAUUUCUUACCAAGCUUCUCCUUAUUUUGGCUUUAGUUCUCAGUCAGUGUUUCAGUGUUAUUAGCUUAUCUAUGAAGUCAUACUGUACGUGAAGGAACGGGGCCGUUUCCUGCUCCACCCCAAUGCCUCCAGCCUUAUGCAAGACCUGUGUGCUGUUAAAAGUGCCAUUGAACAGUGUUAUAAUUUCUUCUUCACACAUGUAGCCAGUAUUAUGUCCCUCUGUUACUUAAACAAGACCCAUAUUGACUAAGGUUUGUUCACUUGCACAGAGCAGCAAAUUUAUGUCACAGUAAUUGAAAGAUAUUUCCUGUGAAAUUAAUGCAAAUAUUUUUGAGGCCUUGAACAGUAUUUGAACCACAUGUGAAAGUUGGGAAACACAGUAUUAGGGCUGCAACUAACAAUUAUUUCUAUUAUUAGUUAAUCUGCCUAUUAUUUUGAAUAACUGAUUAAUAGUUUUGUUUACAAAAUGUGAGAAAAUAGUGAAAAAUGCACAUUGUGAUUAUCUUCUUUCUGUCCAACAGUCCACAACCCAAACAUUCACUUUACCAUGAUGUAAAUCAGAGAGAAGCAUCAACUUGGACAAGCAGGAAUCAGAGAAUGGUCAGUUUUUGUGCAAAGAUUACAAAGAAAACUAAAUAUGACGACUCGACUAAUCAACUAAUAGUCAAUUAGAGGUACCAGUUUUCCAAAUCCUCACAAGAACCUGAAAACAGAGAAAUAACAAAUGAUUAAAUCAGCUAAUUGACUGUUUGAUGUAGCUCUACAUAGAAGAUCUAUGUAAAAUGAAACUAUGGACCUUAAGCCAAUCAGUGCAUGUUUUAAUAGACCUGAAUACUGUUAUGGACUCAUUUAGUUAGUUGAAAGUCCUCGUUGCCCAACAGUAACAAAAAAAAGGUUUAGAAGUAGAUAAAUGUACGCGGACUGUGUUGGAAAGUAGAAAUCAGAAAUACAGUCCAGACUGAGCCGAGUGUGGAUAUUAAAUGCCUUGUAACCUUGAGAUAAUCAGUUUCCCACUGAUGGUAAAAGUAUUUAGAAAUGCAAGUUAAUAUGUUGGACUUUACGUCACAAGUCUAAGUUUUUAAAAUGUUUACAGAAGUGCUUCAAAACAGAAAACUUUCUGUUCAUGCAUGUUUAAGUAUUUGAAGGGAGUUUACUCAGCAGGUUGGCUCAGGAGGAAAUGAAACAGACACAAAGCCAAGUUCAGUUUAAAGUGAAAUGUAGACUGAAGGAUUUGUCAGUAACAGGAUCAUUUUUGUCAGAUGUGCACUUUUUCUUUUUAGCAGAAAAAAAAGAAAGUUGUUGCAAGCUGUCCCGCACUUCAGGUAACAAACGUUAGUGAAUGUGGUCUCUGUCCAAGUGUUUUCAGUUGGUUUUACCGAACAGUGUUUAUAGGAUUAGUCUGUUUUUAAUUUUUUGUUUUUAUGUGUGUCCUCUGUAUGUUUGUUUUUUUUUUUUUCAACAAUGGCAGUAUUAGAACCCUUUUCACAGAUUAAAAAAAAAUGUACCUGUUUAGUUUUUAGAAGACUUUUUUAUAUUUAUGUGUCUUAUUUUUAUAUUUUCUUUUAUGGUUAUUUAUUACACAUUGUAGUGUACAUUACUGUAGUUUGAAUUGAUACAAUAAUAUAUUUUAGUAUGAAAAAUAAUCUCAAGACAAACAGAAAAAAUCCCAAAAUGUGGUUCUGGGAGCUGAAGUUUGUUUUAACAAAAAACACAUAAAAAAGAUAAAACAUGUAUUCUGUAAACAUGACUUCUGUUUUAAGCUAAAAAAAAAAAAAAAAAAAAAGAAAAAAGACAGGAAUGAAUUGAGAAAUAGAAACUGUUACAUGUGCAUCCGCUCUUUGCGUCGUUAUGAAGCUACUGAAUUCUAAACCUCUGUGAUUUUAAAAAGCAUGAGUCGUCGCUGUUUUAAUGAAGGAUCUUGCUAUGAAGACAUUACUCCUCCCUUUUUAUUUCGAAGCCAAAUUUAGCUCGUCCCGACACCUUGUUUUCUGUUGUGUGCCAACUCGUUCCAUUGUACUGUCGAAGGCUGCAUAUUGUUUGUCCUCUACACACCCUUUGUAAAUCCACUGUCUUUUUGUAUUGUUUUUAUUUUAGUUUUGCUCCAUUUUUAUGACUCCCCAUCACAAUAAAAUAUAAGACAGCA